AAUUGUUGUGAUAAACUUAUUAAAUAGACCAUUGUUCAUGGCUCCUGGGACCUAGUUUUAAUUGAUCGGCAUGAUGAAAAAAUUGAAGUCAGUGAGUUUGCUCCUUUUGCGCUUCUGCGUGUUAGUCUAUGGUAACCUGAGAGACGAGAACAAGAUUCGAGAUCUCAUCUACAAAUCUUUGGAAAGUGUCGACAAUGUAUGCGUUCGCAGGUCAAACUACACUCAUGCGGUGGGCUGUCAGAGCAAAUUGGGAGGUCAAUCUGGAGUGUUGUUCCGAGUGGACAAAUUGGAGGAUGUUGAGUUGCUGACGAGUAGUAGUAGAUUCGCCAUGUCUUAUGUGCCCAUUCUCACUUCACUCAAUUUACUCAACAGGGAAGUGAUGAUGAAGCUGAGAGAAAGUGGGAAAGUGGAGGGAGUGCUAGUGACACAAAGUACUAACGCCACCGCCACCUCGCCAGAAAUCUCUUCAGACGAAAAUGAGGUUUUUCCUCUUUCCCAGUUCUCGACAGCCAACCAAUGUCCCAACAGCUGGCUUAAUUCAGGUGAGGACAGCCAUUGUCCUUCUGAAGUUAUUUGGAAUCCGGUGGGCAGUGGUCUCUACUAUGAAUCAUUUGAGUUCCCAGUUGUGUUUCUGCCCUCUGAAUCAGACGUACAGUCUCUCUUUUCUUGCUACAAUGAGUUCAACGAGCCGAGGAGCAAAUUGGAAGACAGUUAUCCGCUGUGCUCUGUUAAAAUCGAUACCUUCCAGUACUCUUCUGGUAACUCGGAUGUGUGUAUGCGACGGAGUCAGAGGGCGAGAAUCGUUGGAUCCCUCACUGCAGACUUGACAUCAACAGACCAGUGUAGUCCAUUGGGGGGAUUGAACACGUUUGGACAGUUGACUUCCAGAACCCACACGACACCUUAUGAAGAUGAUUCUGUCAUUGUCAUCGCAGCCAGGGUGGAUGCGAACUCCUACUUCUACAGUCUGGAUCCCCUGGGAACCCAGGCUUAUGCUUCUGGAAUUCUAGCAAUAUUGGGAGUAAUGGACCUUCUGAAGCCACAGGCCGCAAAGUUAGAACAGGCAAACGUCAGCGUUGUCUUCAUCGCUUUCGAUGCGGAGUUCUUUGACAACUCUGGAUCCAUCCGUGCAGUGUACGACAUGAGCAAGGGAGUCUUUCCCCAGGACCCCAGUUCAUACUCGGACUACAUGGCCGAGUUGCAUACCAAACAUAUCCGCAUGUACUUGGAACUGUCCCAACUGGCAAACGCCACUGACUCACAGUACUAUGCAUAUUCCACACUCAACGCAUCACAGGAUGAGAAGUUCACCGAGCUUUUGGACUCAGUGUCUGCAGUUGUGUUGGGCAAGCAGGUGGAGAGAGUGGUGUUGAACAGUUCUUCUCACUCUCACUUUCCUCCCUCCUCUCUCCUCUCCUUCCUGCGGGAGAAGGACACAAAUGCAGACCAGUUUCCGGCAAUAGUCAUCACAGACCACAAGGGAUCAUUCCACAACAGUUUCUACGGAGACAGCUUCGAUGUGCCUAUGGCUUUUGGACUGAACAGUUCUGUGGAAUCGGGUGCAGGCAAGACACAAUUCACCGAUCGCAUCUCGAAAGUGUCCGAAUUUAUUGCGACAAUUGUUGUCAGAUACUCUACUAAAGAGCUUAACGAUGAAGUCGGAAAGAAAGAAGAGGGAACGAGUGACGUAGUGUCAAUGAUGGAGGAGUAUGCGUACUGUUUGCUGGUGAAUGUGAACUGCUCCAUCAUCAAUUCAUUCAUAGACCUGGACAUCUAUCAAGAAGGUGCCAGCAGUCGUUACGUGUCCAUUGCUGACUUGGCCGACACCAGCUCAGUGCUGACGAUAUUCAGAUAUCUAUUCUACUAUGCGCUGAGAGAGGAGGUCGAUCUCAAAGAAGAUAAACUGGCCACUAGCUCGUGUCAGCCUGCUUCAGAUACGGAUGGGACUUUCGUCUACUUCAAGAUAGCGAACAAAUCUGCAGCGAAUGAAAACUCAACUGGAGACGAUUCAAAUUAUCUCUGCUUUCGAUCUCCUGUCUCAGUCAGCAACGCCGAGUCGCCCGCAUUUCUGUCCGAGUCCCUUCUUCGUUCGGGAAAAUACCCUGCAUGGACUGAGUCGUUCUGGAGCUCAACGUUCUCGGUCAAACUGUUCACUACUGGAGACAACAGCAUAGACAUUAUGGCGUUCACUGUUGGAAUUAUGCUCACUGUUGCGUCAUACGCUGCAGUAUUUUUUGCUCAGUAUAAAUCAGACACGCUGUUUGUCUUUGCACCAGAACCUCUGGACCAAACAGGCUGUGAUGAAGAUGCAAGACGUAGAGCAGCCGUGGGACCAUCAGGACAUACAUUGGGCAUGAGAGAAAGUCCAGCUACUAAUCCUGCCUACACCAACUCAAACAGCACUCCUAGUGUAUCAAGAGAUGAACUGAAUCAUCUUGACGUUAAUGUGAACUCGCCCAAACCUCUUGCUGUAAAUGAUCAAAACCCAAUUUCUGUACCUGUGUAAGUUUUGAUUCAAUUUCAUAGCGCUUCUAUGUUGAUAGCUUUUAGCCAGCUCCUUUUACGUACAAAUCAGUAUUUACUAUCAAUAAAUGUUUGUUAUAAAAAAAACUAAUUAAUUUUUGCAUCCUGG